AUGGACGUCACAAAGGAGCUGAAUGUACUCAACAAGAAGCUUCAAGGUUUAAAUGAAACCAAUAACUACAGAUUUGUUCUCUUCUCUCUCACUUUACUGUGUUACUGUUUCAUUGUGCUGGGAAAUGUUGCUCUUAUUGUGACCAUCAUCUUGGAUAAGAACAUGCAUGAACCAAUGUAUAUUCUCUUGUGCACUUUCUGCAUGAAUGGACUUUAUGGGACAACAGGUUUCUACCCCAAGAUGCUCUGGGAUCUGCUGUCUCCCGUUCAUGGAAUCUCAUAUUACGGAUGCCUUGUUCAGUCUUUUGUGAUAUUAUCAUUUAUCUGCUGUGAUCUUUCUAUUCUCUCAGUCAUGGCGUAUGACAGAUAUGUGGCUAUCUGUCGACCCCUGGAGUACCACUCUAUUAUGUCAAAGCAGAGAGUGUUACUCCGAGACAUAUUGUUUGAUUUCUUCAAUAUGCGGUUUGGUUCAAACAAUUUGCCUCAAUCACUUCAACAUUUUGUGGCAAUAGAAUAUCUUGUCCUCCCUCCCAUAAUAAAUCCUCUAAUCUAUGUUUUACGCAAUAAAAAGAUGCAAAGCCUUACAUUUAAAAAAAGUAUGCCGUUCAUGUAA